AUGGAAGAAUUCAUACCUGAAACUUUGUUUGAGCUUGAAGAAUUUCCCAAUAACCCUAGUCAAGAAUCUGAUACUGACAUUGAACAAAUGAUAGUGGAUGAUAAUACUCUUACAUUUGAUUUGCAUUCAUUGAAAAAAGUACAAGAAAUAAUCAGAUCCACCAAGGAAACGGAAGAAGAAUUACUUGGG